AUUAUGCUUGUAUUUGUAAUAUUUUUGUUAUUUCACUUGUAAAAUAGGAUGUCACGCGGUAAACGACUAAGCUAUAAACUGUUAUGCACUGACAUCGUUGAUGACGAAAAAAUUAGGCAAGAGUCUUGGACAUUUUCUGAUCUCUUUCAACAGACUUCCACGAAUGAUAUAGCAAUUUCAUGGUUGGCGAAAUAUAAGCUCAUAAGCAAUUCCUUUAAGUGUCUCAUUUGUGACAAACCAUGUACAAUCGUCGGCUACAAGAAAGGUAUCGAUGGAAAACGAUGGAGAUGUCGAAAACAUAACUUCGUUCGAUCGAUCCGGAAGGGGUCUUUUUUUGAGAAUAGUCAUCUCUCGCUGACAACAUUCAUAUGGCUUAUGUAUAUGUGGUCAAGAGAUUAUCUACAUACCGAAAUGACCCAUGAAACAAACGUCUGUCCGAAGUCAACUAUUGAUCUGUUCCGGCUCAUCCGAGAACUACUAGAACGGUUUCUAGAAGACCAUCCCAAAGAAUUAGAUGACCCACCUGAAAUUGGCGGCUUCGAUUUGCAGACAGGUGAACCAAAAGUCGUUGAAAUAGAUGUAACUACAUUUUCGAGAUCUAAGCCUAAUGAAAAACAUAUAAAAGGAUUUUGUGUUUUCGGUGGAAUCGAACGUGGCACUGACAAAUGUUUCCUUGUACCUAUUGAACAUGAAAAUAAAGAAGCUUUCGAAGCUGCAAUUAUCCGAUGGAUUUUACCAGGCACUCAUAUUGUAUCAGAUAUAUGGGCUGAAUAUCUUCAAAUUGACCAGAUUGAACAUGGCAUAUACACUCAUGAAUAUAUAGACUAUGAAAAUCCAAACGAUCCAGAAAUCCACACUAAAAAUAUCGACAGGAUGUGGCCAAGAGUUAAGAAACAAUUGCAACGUAAACAUUCAAGUAAUAAUAAAGCCUUAUUUAACUCUUAUUUAACAGAAUUUACGUGGAGAUCUCACUUCAGGAAUAAUGAUAAAUUUGCUGCCCUUAUUUAUUGUAUCAAACAUUUGUAUAAAGUUGAAUAAAAUUGAUCCUAUAUUUUUGUAACUAA